GUAAAACCAGGAGUGUAAUGAAAUAAUACAUUUCGACAGGACUAUGGAAAAGUGGUUUUGACGCGUAGAAAGUAAAGAACGACGUCAGAGACUGCUAUUUGAUCCGCCGAAAAUCCCUAUCUGAUUUGACUCAUUCGUUAUCAUCAUGUAUCACGGUUGGCGAUCUCCUCGCUGUCUUGCUCUGCUGACCUUCAUACUUUGCCUCAUCGGUCUCAACCUGCUCGCGUUUUCUCAGAUGACGAUCCGACAUAUUCGUCCGGCCGCGGUGCCUAUCAGAGAACAGGCAUCCUUCGAAGUGAUCGAUCUAUCGAAGGUAAUUGUCCACGACAAUUCGUCAGAAUCAAUGGGAUCAAAAUCCAUACCAAAACCUGUGGCCCCUGAGUCUUCGGCACCGAAACCUCUCAAAUUCCCUAAGGAUUCAUUAGGAGCCAUGUAUCCAGGUGGACACGACGUGGCGAUCCCAGACAAGUGUCUAAACAAAGGUGAAGGCAUAGAUUUGGUGAUUGUAGUUACGUCAGAACCAUCGCGCCUGAAAGCUAGAACCGCAAUACGACAGACGUGGGGUUCUUUCGGGAGUCGACCAAACCUGCGCGUAUUCUUCAUCCUCGGUAGGACAGAAGACACGAAAUUGGAGAGGCUUCUUCAGGACGAGCAAAAGUUACACGACGAUAUGAUAAGAGGUAGAUUCCACGACUCAUACUCGAAUUUAACACUCAAGACAAUUUCGUCACUGGAAUGGUUCGACACGUACUGCUCAGCAGCCAAGUUUCUGCUGAAAACUGACGACGAUAUGUUCAUUAACGUACCUCGACUCGUAUCGUUCGCUAAAAAACACGAGGCGGACAGAAAUGUUAUAUUCGGUCUAAGGGUGCAAAAUUCGCAGCCGAUUAGAGAUAAGAACUCAAAGUGGUAUGCCUCUUUGGAGCAAUACAAACCAACAGUAUAUCCUGACUAUACCAUUGGAGCUGCCUACCUCCUGCCGACGGAUAUCAUUCACAAACUCUACGAAACUGCCCUGAGGGAACCGUUUCUUCGAAUAGAGGAUGUCUUCACUACGGGCGUUGUUGCCCAAAAGCUCAAAAUUAAACGAGUGUAUGCGAAUGAAUUUUGGAAUCAAGCCAUCGCUUACACAGCUUGCAAUGUGCAACGUUACAUCAGUAUCCAUGGGGUCUUGCCUAGGGAGCAGUAUGAUCUUUGGAAAAAACUGUUCGAUGAAAACAGCAAGUGCUAGUCAACGUAGAGGAAGUAUUUCAGCGAGUGGUAAUGUGAACGUGUAAGGGCUCAGUCAAUUUCCCGAGGUAACUGAUUGCUUCGUCAAUUAACAGGAAUGAGAAUUGAAAUGAACAAGAAUCUUGAGCCGGACUCAAUUGGGUAAAGGAGUUGAGGGGAAUGUCCGGGCCGAAUUCUGGCCUUUGCGGGGAUGGCACCAGUGCGUCCCCGUCGCGAACCGUGGGUAGUGUCAAGUGCUGGUGAGGCUUGAUACUUUAACCCCUCAAAGACGGGGUCCAUAUACGUAUAUGGACCCAAGGAAAAACGCAUGAUUCUGUUCAAAACUGGAGAAUUCCAAAACUGUGACAGAUAAUCCAAUUCCGCCACCGCCAUUCGAAAGCUGGAUAGUGUAGCUUCAAUGUUUAAUGCGUUUUAUAAUUUUUCAUGCACCAGAAUUGAUCUCAGUAAUAUUAAGCGCACGUCAGGCUUCCUAACAGAAAGGUCCCGUACGGGAAGGAGUAAUAAAAAAAGUAUGAAUUUUUACGGUUACAUCGUAAUUUUUUUCACGUUUUAAAAUGUUGAUUUGUACUCUCGCGCCUCCUACAUUUCACUCUACGAAACAGCAGAAAUAACUAUGUUCCCAUAGUAAAAAAUACUUUUCCGUACUGAUCUUCACUUUUCCUCGUCCAAGGA